AUGGCUAAGUUUUCCCAAGUUUUUGUUGCUCUUAUUGCAGUUUUCGCAAUUGCCAAUGUUGUAGUCGUGCGGGGUGAUGAAGAUCCCCUCCAAGACGUCUGCGUUGAGGAUCCCAACUCCAGAGUCUUCAUCAAUGGAGUUCCUUGCAAGGAUCCCAGCACCGUGACCGCCGACGAUUUCACCUCCACCAUCCUCCGGGAGCCUGCAAACACCACCAACACUCUCAACAUCAUGGUCCAGCUGAUCGAUAUCACAAUGUUCCCAGGCCUCAACACGCAAGGACUCUCCAUCGCCCGCCUCUCAUUCGGUCCAUUCGGAGUGAAUCCUCCCCACGUCCAUCCCCGAUCAUCCGAGGUCAUAUAUUGCCUCCAGGGACGCAUCUACGCUGGGUUUGUGACGACUUCCAACAGGCUGUUCGAGAAGGUUUUGUAUCCCGGGGACUUGUUUGUCUUUCCUCGAGGGCUUGUCCACUUCCAGCGGAACCUUGACCCGGUCAGCGCUCUCGCGAUCGCCACUCUUGGGAGUCAAAACCCUGGUCGCACGGAUGUGGCCAGGGCUCUUUUCCAAACUCCAGAAUCUGAUAAUCUGAACGAAGUGAUCGAAGCAGCUCUCCAAGUUGACGAGAAAGUGAUUGAAGCCCUUCGCGCUGGAGUGAGUCAGACUUGA